AGCUCCCUCCCUCCGAGCCACAAUCGCUGUCACCACCCCGGCCCGGCUGCCACCUGCCUGAGGAGCCACUGCCGCCGGACCCUGCCCAGAGCGCCUCCUCCUCGGGACCACCAUGGCCCAGAUCAAAACACUGAAGGUCCGCGUGACCCUCUUCUGCAUCUUGGUGGGCAUCGUGCUGGCCACAGUGGCCGUGGUGACCGACCACUGGGCUGUGCUGAGCCCCCAUGUGGAGCACCACAGCGCCACAUGCGAGGCGGCCCACUUUGGCCUCUGGCGGAUUUGCACCAAGAGCAUCGUCAUGAGUGACAGCGAGGACAAGAGCUGUGGACCCAUCAGCCUGCCUGGGGAGAAAAACUGUUCCUACUUCAGGCACUUUAACCCAGGAGAGAGCUCAGAGAUCUUCGAAUUCACCACUCAGAAAGAGUACAGCAUCUCGGCCGCUGCCAUCGCCAUCUUCAGCCUCGGCUUCGCCAUCAUAGGAACCGUCUGCGUGCUCCUGUCCUUCGGGAAGAAGCGGGAUUACCUGCUGAGGCCGGCAUCCAUGUUCUACGCCUUCGCAGGCCUCUGCAUCUUCGUCUCGGUGGAGGUCUUGCGGCAGUCGGUGAAGCGCAUGAUCGACAGCGAGGACACCGCCUGGAUCGAGUACUAUUACGCCUGGUCCUUCGCCUGCGCAUGCGCUGCCUUCGUGCUCCUCUUCCUGGGCGGCCUCGCCCUGCUCCUCUUCUCCCUGCCUCGGAUGCCCCGCAACCCCUGGGAGUCCUGCAUGGAUGCUGACCCCGACCACUAGCCCUCCUGGGGCCCCAGCAACUCUCAGGGCUUUCCCCUCAGGAAGCGGCGCCCAGCCCAGAACAUCCUAGAAAGGAGGCAGGAGCUUUCCAUCUCCCCGGUUCCCCCACCUGCCCCAGAACAGCUGCCACCGUUUCCCCUCUCUGAGCACUUCUGUGGGCUGUGACAGGCUCCUCUGUGAAUCCAGCAAGUGGCCGUGACCCAGACCUGCCCACGGUGCGGGGGAGGCAGGUCCGGCAGGUGCACAGGUGUUUGCAAAGGCCUGACCUUCCACCGCAGCUCCAAGGUGUCCCCAUGGUGCCAGCUGUCUUUGAUAAGCUGGCUCCCGUUGUCCUCUCAGCCUCACAGGGACACCCUGUGCGCACUGCCAGCUCCGGGUGCUCCCCUGUGUCUGUAGCCAGCCCCUCUGUCCUCAGUGACAAGAUGCCCCCUUUUCAGUGAGCUGAACAUUCUGUCCUUGGCUUCCAGGAGGCCUGAGAAGCAUUUUUAACUGAGUAUUUUCUGACUGUGGUUUGAAA